AUGAAGCGUGUUCUGCUCGCGUUGAUUUUGGUGAAUUCAGCUUUAGGCAUACCGCACAAAUGCGAAGUAGUUGACUUCUUAAGCCUGCACUGCGAAGGACUUAAUAUCACUUCAUUCCCUCAAACUGCCUAUUCUCGUUUUGUCACUGCGUUUUAUUUGCAAAACAAUUUGAUACAAGUUAUCAAUGAAUUCCCAUCGAUGGCUAGCCUGCAACAUUUAAAUCUUUCUCGUAACGCCAUUAGCAAUGUGUCGUGGAAAUCGCUUGUGAAUAUUCCAAACAUACUGGAACUAGAUUUGUCGUUCAACCGCAUAACGUACGUGGAUGUGUCCGUGAAUAGAGGAUCGUUGAUUUACUUCUCUGUGAGUCACAACAAGUUAGAAACAUUUUCAGAGGAAAAUCUUGGCAUCGUGUCGGGUGAUCCAGAGUUUUAUAGAACAUGUGUAGAAGGCAACCCCCUUCACUGUGACUGUAGAAUGGCCUGGUUGCAGACACUGAUCUUGGUGCGUGAGAAAUGCAUCAGCGGAUAUGAUUCAAUGUCAUGUAAGCUGUACCGUGAGCACCCGUUACACCUCAGCCUCCGCUAUCAGAAUGGUGCCGGUUUCGUCUGUAACUCCCCAGAAAACGUGCAAGGCUGGCCAAUAUCAAAAGUCGCCAGUCUUGCUGCCGCUUGCGAACAACAUGUCUACACAACCACCACGCUUGUUCCCACGUGA